AUGUCAGACCGGGAAAAGAGACCGUUCCCACCUCCCCUCAUCAACCCAGACGAGUACAUUCUCGAGUUCGACGGGCCAGAUGACCGAGAGCAUCCUUAUAAUUGGAAAACCUCGACCAAGCUAUUCAUUUCUAUCCUCGUUUGCAGCGGAACAUGGAUUGUCGCGUUCAACAGUGCCAUUUUCGCCCCUGGGACCGCCAGCGCCAGCAAAGAGCUUGGAGUCGGACUAGAAGUUGGAACGCUCGGUACAACAUUGUUUGUUCUUGGAUUUGCAGCUGGACCGAUACUAUGGGCUCCCGGAUCGGAGUUGUACGGUAGAAGAUGGCCUUUAGUCAUCUCCAUGAUUGGCGGUGGCAUCUUCUCCAUUGCUUCUGCGGCAGGGAAUAACAUCCAGACACUGCUCAUCUGCCGGUUUUUUGCAGGUCUCUGCGGCGCAUGUCAACUCGCUGUGGUUCCGGGUGUCCUUGCUGAUAUCUUUGACAACAAGUAUAGAGGCGGAGCGAUUUCCAUCUAUGCUUUGACCGUCUUUGGCGGCCCCUUUACAGGUCCCAUUGUAGGAGGUUUCACUGCAUCCAGUCACCUUGGUUGGAGAUGGACGCUGUACAUCCCUGCUAUCCUAGGUCUUGUCAAUGGGGCCAUCUCAGCAGUUCUUCUCCCGGAAACAUAUGCUCCCCUUAUUCUCGCUGCGGACGCUGCCGCGAUGCGCCGCAAGACAAAUAAUUGGGCGAUCCACGCGAGACAUGAAAUGGUGGAGACUGAUCUGAGAGAUUUGGUAACAAAAUAUUUCACUCGGCCACUUCGAAUGCUCAUCACGGAGCCAAUGAUUUGCCUUGUCUCUCUCUACAUGUCAUUUAUAUAUGGACUGGUUUAUGCUCUGCUCGAGGCUUAUCCGUUCGUUUUUGGGCAAGUAUAUCACAUGAGGCCCGGAGUUGCAGAGCUUCCAUUCAUUAGCCUCUUCAUAGGAAUGUCGUUGGGUGUGACCAUGAUCUUUUGGCAACAAAAGGAGUAUUCCAAAAAGCUGGCCAAAAACAACAACGUACCAGUCCCGGAAUGGCGCCUCUUCCCAACCUUGUUCGGAGGCCCGAUCUUUACAAUUGGUAUCUUUUGGUUCGGCUGGACGGGCUUCACUGAUCGGAUCCAUUGGAUGGCACCAACUGCGGCUGGCCUUUUUGUUGGAUUUGGCGUCUUGUGCGUUUUUCUUCCCUGCUUCAAUUACCUGGUAGACUCUUAUUUGCCUUUCGCUGCCUCGACCGUAGCUGCCAAUAUCAUCCUUCGAUCAUCCGUUGCUGCAGGAUUUCCACUGUUCAGCCGACAAAUGUUUCAAAAUCUUGGUGUACAGUGGGCCGCCACUUUACUCGGAUGCCUGGCUGCAAUUAUGAUUCCGAUUCCAUUUGUGUUUAGAGUUUAUGGAUCUAGAUUGCGGAAGAAGAUGCAAAAGAUCUCUCCAAGUCGUCGUAAGAAGAGAGCGACAGCGGACGAAUCCGACAGUGAACCCAGAAAACGACGAGCUCGUUAUGCUCUCCGCGCCUGUGGCGAGUGCAAGCGUCGAAAAGUGCGCUGUGAUGGCCACCUGCCGUGCGAGCAUUGUCAAAGCCGAUCUAUUCAGUGCAUCUACGAUACAGAUCCAAAUUUACUGACCAACUGCGCCUGCGAUGCUUUAAACCAACAGAAGGACUGCACUGAGCAUAAGAGCAACAGCACAGAAGAUACUAGCGAGAUUGGACGCUUAGUUCGCCUUGUUGAGAACAUGCAAUCACAGAUAAAUGUCCUGAUUGAGCUUAACAAGGGAUCAACUAGCGGUCGUGGCCAGUGUGAACAUCCUCACAACACCCUGGGCACUAAAUCACCUGCGUCUUCUUCAUGUUCAGUGAGAAGCUACUCAGAAAAUGCCUGCGAACAGGACAGCACGAAACAAUCAUCGCCCCGAUACUGGGGGGCAACAAGUUCCGACUACACUCUGAAUGUAGUUCGGUUCUGCAUUCGGCCGGUUGAACCCCAACUCGGUUCCUCGUGUAGGCGUCGGAAAAUAGCAUGUUAUAGCCCAGAUCCAACACCCGAUAGUUAUGAAGGAGAUGGAGAGCCUUCUGAAUCACGCCAGCGAAUGAGUGCUUGCUUUUGUUUAGAUUGCACACGGUGCCUACGAAAACUUGGCAAAACUCGAGCACUACAACUCAUCGAUGUAUAUCAGGAAGCGAUUGGCCAUCUUCAUCCUGUUGUGGAUAUUGGACAACAGAAAUCACAAAUUGGCACAAUUUAUGCUCUUCUGGAAUCGGCGCAAGACGACAGGGGCACAUACUCUGAGAUUGAACAAGACAGUCUUGACAUUACAAAAAUGGUUCUAUCAAUUGCCCUUCUUGCUCAGACGACGGGACAAAGCGACACCGCCUCAGCUUUGUACAAUAGUGUCCAAAACAGGAUUCAGGAUGCCAUGACGUCCGACACCAAAAACAUCCAAAGCGUUGUGCUCACGCUGCUCGCGGCCAUCUAUCACUUUUUCCAUGAUGAUGUGCAAUUGGCAUGGCGGAUGGGUGGAAUUUCUGGGCGAAUGGCUAUGGAGCAGGGACUGCACCACCGAGAAGCCCGACAACGAGCGGAAGAUGAAUCAGGAGAUCACGGCAUGAUUACAAAUAUUCUUUGGAGCAUCGUGAUUCUCGAUCGCCUAUGGAGUUGCUCAAUUGGUCUACCACAGAAUUUUCAGGACGCGGAUUUUGCAAAAUCACUUCCUGAGCCUGUAGAGGCCCCGUACUUGAAAGCGAUGGUGCCAUAUGCUUCAUUUACACCGCGACUUUGGGAUCACAACAGUCGCUUGCUUACAGCCGACGCCCUCGAAGACGAAGACCUAUUCGACGUCACGAAUAUCCAGAUCGAUCAAUGGAAAGAGAGAUAUAUCUCUGGAUUAUCUUUUGUCCACCCAAACGACCGUUUGGCAAAUAGUCGUCCCCAAUCUUUGCCCACAUUGCUGUAUCUUCGCGCCAACCUACUCCGGGGCUUAGUCGCCACAUCCUACUUUUUAUCAUGCUCUCGCCUGAUAGGUAAAAAGCAAAUGGCUCAGUCAGGAGCCGAGAUUGCUUGUGAUACCAUUACCGUACUUUGGGACUUGCAUAAGACAACUGACAUAUACCAUAAACAGCAUCCAUUUUUUCAGCACUUUUUAGCUUCAUCAGUAGCUCUGUUGUUUUUGGUCAUUAUGCACGAAUCUGACUCCGAAGAAGAUUCCAAUACCACUAUUGGAAAAAGAUUCGAUGUCAAAUAUUUGAGUAGAAAUAUUUCCUGCGCAUUCAAUCUCGCGGAAGCUUACUCAAGAUCUUCAUCUGCUUCCGAGCGACUCUGGAACCGGAUGAGGUCCAUGAUGGAGAGAUUAUCUAAAUUGGGCAUCUAUUACACAAGCGAUCAUUCUAAGGCAAAUGAGAUGCACUUUGCAAAGCAGCUCGAAAAUGAUCCUCCCAAGCGCAAAUCACGGCUUCAGGCCUCCUCAGCUGAGCAGGUCAACCGAAUUACAGACAUAUCGCUGUUCGACAACCCCACAAUAAGGCCAUUCUCUCUCAACAUCUUAAAUUCCAAUGGUGCACUAGGUUACUUGACGUCUGAUCCAGUAUUUGGAUUGGAAGAGGAUAUUCCUUCUACAGACUGCGGGACGGAUGCGUACUUGCAUGAUAUCCCCGUAUUCGAACCAGACAUGGACACUCAGACCUGGAAAGACUUAGGUGCAAUAUUUAGCCAUGGUUUAUAA